ACUGCGCGCGCCCUCUAUUAUCGAGCGCGCGCCUGAUUAUGAAAUCGCAUCUUCUCUGCAUCAUUUCGUGUUAAUUUAGGAUUACAGUUAUGAUUGAUUGAUGACCAAUGGAUCACGGUGAUUCUGAUGAAGAUGAUAAUGGUUCGACCAUCCUCAUCGAAAGUGAUCAAGAUCUAUAUGAUUCAGAUGCUACAGAAAUAUCACAGGAUCAUGAACACCAUCAGGAACAAGAGGGAGGUUUAUCACCGACAAGACUUGGGCAGGAAGAGGGACGUGAUUCAUCCCAUCCCGCUGACCCUACUCAAGAUCAAGGUCAAGGGUCGCAAUCAGACAGCGAAUCACUUCUGAUGCUUCCUCACCAGAGAAGUGAGAGCCGGUUAAAUCCAGUUGAAUCCAGACAAGACAGAGUGCCUGAUGUAGAUAUUCCUGGGCCCAGUGGCCUGCAAACUUUCAGAACUAGCCAAUCAGCUGCCAGCUCAAAUGCACAUGCAAAUGAGCCAAGAACUUCUGACCAAUCACAGACACGAAUAGCUUCAGCUUCUCAAGGAACUUUGGAGAGAGAUGGUAAUAGAUCCUCAUCCAUUGUUGAUGGGGGUCAAAGGUUAUCUGAUGUUCCUCAAGGUCAGAGCUCCUCCGAUGCUCUUAGAGGUCAAAGUUCAAAUAAUGAUGGAGUGCAGCUAUCAAAUAGCACUGACCCUCAAAGCACAGCAACCAACCAGAGGCCAGAAGCUAAUGAUAUGCAUGGAGCGUCAGCCAAUCAGGAUGGAGAUGAUGAUGAACCAAUGGAGACAAUGACAGAGGAUGAAAGUAGUAAUGACUCUAUGGCUGACUUUCAGGAACCAAAGAAACCAGGAGCCGGUGCAUGCAAAUCAGGAAGUGACGGUAGCGGUAGCGAUGACGAAUCUCAAUCGUGUAUUAUCUGUUACGAGUCGUGGACGACGUCUGGCUCACAUCGUCUUGUUUCACUUCGCUGCGGCCAUCUUUUUGGCCAGAGCUGUAUUGAGCAAUGGCUGAAAGGUCAAGGUGGUAAAUGCCCACAAUGCAACAGCAAGGCCAAGAGGUCAGAUGUCCGAGUGAUCUACGCCAAGGCACUCAAAGUUCUUGAUACAUCUGAGCGGGAUAGAGCAUUAAAAGAGCUUGAAAGAGAGAAAGAUUUAAGAAAAAAGGCGGAGAUGGACGCUGCGCAGACACAGCUUAGGUACGUCAUGGCACUGGAAGAAGUGAAGAGGAUGAAAGCAAUCUUUGAAUCUCAUCAACAGUCAACAUCACGAAAUCCACUGUCUAGCAUAUCAUCCAGUAGCAACCAGCAAUCACAUGGCAGGCCAGCUGGUCAUUACAUACUAGACAAGACAAUACAAGUAUCACCGAAUGGUAACUGUCGUGUGAUGACUUACGAUGCCGCAAACCAACUGCUUCUAGCUUCUAUGCCCUCAACUAAUGUACUCUUUCAGGGAUUUGGAUUAAAGAAGAUAAGUGCAAUGGACUUCAAAUCAUGUCAGUAUAUUCCUAUCCAUGGGAAGCCAAUCCGUGGAUUGUCUUUGAGUGGACGAGAUGACGGGCUUCUCUUGAGUGCAUCGGUUGAUAAGACGCUCAAGAUUACAAGUCUAGCAAGCAACACAGUCGUACAAUCGUACACCUGCCCCAUGCCUGCCUGGUGCUGUGCGUGGAAUACAACCAACACCAACUAUGUAUAUGCGGGACUACAGAAUGGAACCGUUGUCAUCUACGACACUCGUAAGACGGACACCGAGGUCAAGACCCUAACCAAAGAAGGCUCAAGGUGUCCCAUUGUGUCUCUGAAAUAUGUACCAAGCAAGGCUGGAGAUCCCCUUCCUUGUGGAGGAAUACUCAUUGGAACUCUGGAAGGUGCUUCAUUCUGGGAGCAGUUAUCAUGUGAAGAGUAUAGGAUUCAUAAGCUACAGCUAGAAGGAAGUUGUACAGGUGUGGCGUUUGAACCCCGCACCAGGCACUGCCUGGCUUCAUUCAGACCUACCAAGAAUCACCGCUCAGCUAGAUAUGUGAUGUGUGAGAUGAAGAGACAGUCAGUUGGAGACCAGGGCAACAGCCUAGUCUCGUGUAACUCCGUUCAGACCUUUUUUGGUGGAACUACAAUGAAACUGCUUACGCAGUCGGCUCUAUUCCCCGCACCCCAUGAUGAUAGUAAAUUAAUUGCAUGUGCCGGAGAUGAGGCCACAUCAUCAGUAUUUACCUGGGAUGCCAGUUCAGGUAGCCUCACCCAGAAGCUUCCCAUCGGGAGUACAGCCCUGGAUGUAUGUCCAUUCAACCUAGGAGAUACAAGCUACCUUGCUGCACUGACUGAUAAACAGAUUAAACUCUGUAAAUGGGUGCAACGAUGAAUGUGUGGAUCUACCGCGUACGAACGUUGUGAUCUAUUGGCUGUUCCUUGGAACCAGAGGCUCCCCAUCGGGAGUACAGCGCUGGCUGUAUGUCCAUUUAAUUUGGGAGAUACAAGCUACCUGGCUGCAUUGACCAAUAACAGACUAAACUGUGUAAAUGGGUGCAAUGAGGAGUGUAUGGAUCGACCGCUUACCAAGGUUGUGAUCUAUAGGUUGUUCCUUGGAACCAGAGGCUCCCCAUCAAGAUUACAGCACUGGAUGUAUGUUUAUUAUUUAUUUUUUUGCAAAAUAUUUUAGAUAAUCUAUGCCUUUUAUUUAUAGGAGCAAAAUUCUGUAUGUCCAUUCAACCCUGGAGAUACAAGCUACCUUGCUGCAUCGACUAAUUAACAGAUUAAAAUGUGUAAAUGGGUGCAACGAUGAGUGUAUGGAUCUAAUGUGUACCAAGGUUGUGAUCUAGUGACUGUUCCUCUGGGCACAAUAGGCUUGCUUUGGAAGCACAGUAUUGGAUUUAAUGUCCAGUCACCUGCCAACUUGCUGUCCUGACUGAUGAACAGAUCCAACUGUGUAUUUGGGUGCAACGAUGAGCUUAUGGAUCUACUGUGAUUUAGUGGCUAUUCCUGCCUGGGAACAUUAUCGAGAGGCACCCAUUGGAAUCACAGAAUUGGAUCUAUGCCCAUUCUCCUGCCAACUUGAUGCCAAUUCUGAUAAAACAAAUUAUAUGAGUGGGUACAACCAUGAAUCUUUUGAUCUGUAUGUCAAGGUUAUGUCUUAGUGGCUAUUCUGAUCCAGGAGGCUACCAUUGGUAGCGCAACAUUGGAUUAAAGUUUAUUCACGAGCUAACUAGUAGGUUCCCUUACUAAUGAAUAGAUCAAGUUAUGCAAGUGGGUACACCAAUUAAACUUUUUUGUACUAAGGUUGUGUCCUAGUGGCUAUUCUAGGAACCUGACCCAGAUGCUUCCACAGGAAGCGCAGCAUUGUGAUGUUUGUCCAGUCACCAGCUUCAAUAACUUGCUGUCCUGGUUGAUGAACAGAUCAAGCUAUUUAAAGUAGGUAUGCCAUUGAACCAUUUUCUACUAAAGUUGUGUUCUAGUGGCCAUUCUGGUAAGAUGCUUCCACAGGAAGCGCAGCAUUGGAUGUUUGUCAAGUAAUCAGCUUCAAUAACUUCCUGUCUUGACUUAUGAACGGUUCAAUCUACGUAAGUUGGUACACCAUUGAACCUUUUUUGUAGUAUUUGUACCAAGGUUGUAUCCUAGUGGCUUUUCUGGUAACAUGACUCGGAUGCUCCCAUUUGAUGUCAGUCCAUUUAUGAGCUAACUUGCUGUCUUGACGGAUAGUACAACCAUGAACCGAUGGAUCUUUUGUAUUGCAAAGGCAGUCUGUAAUAUUUUGAACCCAUACUGUAUCUACAAUUUUCGAAUUGGCAAAUUAAAGCUAAUUUGCCAAUUUCUCCGCUGUCUUGACUGAUGGUACAACCUUGAACCGAUGGAUCUUUUGUAUUGCAAAGGCAGUCUGUAAUAUUCUGAACCCAUACUGUAUCUACAAUUUUCUAAUUGGCAAAUUAAAGCUAAUUUGCUAAUUUCUCUGUAGUUGUUUUAUUAUCAAAAUCAAAUCAAACGGAAGUAUUGGUUGAAAUUUGUCAAUCAUGUACAAAAAUGAAUUAAGCUUGCACAUCAUGUUCUUUGAUGUAUUUCAUGCAACAAAUUUUGAAAUGACAGUAGAUGCAGAUUCACUUACGAGUUUCUCAGCAAAUGUUUGCUGACAGACCUCAGUUGUAUUGCUGUUAAUUUGCCACAUGUGAACAAUUAUAAAGUAAUUUGGUCUUAAUUGGUAAGAGAGAUUUCACUUUUGCUCUUUGUUUGUCAAAUUUGAAACACAUUUCUAAUAGAAAUAUUAAAGACAAAGAAGAAAACAUCUUUAAUACAAUCUACUGAAAAUUUCUUGCUCUGAUAAUACUGAUAAUAAUAAUAGUGAUAAAGAAAUAAGGCAUUUAGGAACGCUAUACAUAGUACACUAUAUCAUAUCUUUUACACUGUAGAUCAAAUCGACAACACUAAAAGGCUACUUACAUGUAUACUGGAUACAAGUAAGUUUUCAGCUGUUUCUUAAAUCUAUCAGGAGUAGUUUCAAAUAUCUGUGAAAUUCCAGCUUUGGCAUUGAAACAUAUUCCUUAGUUUGUAGAAGCCUCUCCAAUUGAUCAACUCGAUGAACUGUGGGAGAUGAAAAGAUGAUCAAUAAAAAUCAUGGAAUUUAGCAUUUUUGAACAUUUCUUGUCCUGUCCAAACUGGUAUUAGCAGUCACCUUAUUUUUUUGUUUUGUUUGUUUUGUAUGUAUGUUUUUUUUUUUUUUUUUCCCUUGGGGGUGGGGGUGGGGAGAUUGCCACUUAGUAUAUACCUGGGCCCCGUCUUACAAAGUGAUACGAUUGAUCCAAUCAAUCGUAACUCUAUGGAAAUCCAUCAGUGUCAUUAUUUUUUCUACAGGAAAUGUGCACAAUGUCCUUUGUAAACAAAGAGAAGCACACUGAAUUUUCAAGACAACGAUGAAUGCAUGAAUAUACAUCAUAGCUAGAAAAUAUUUUGAACAAACAUGCAUAGUAGAUGUUGACAUUGCUGGCCGUCCAUAGGUGCGAUCGAUCUGAUCAAUCACAACUCUUUGUAAGACGAGGACCUGAACCUUCUUUGUCUUCAGGUAUGGUCUGGCCCCACAUGGUCUUAUCCUAGUUCAUAUACAAACCACUUGGUCUAAUUGCCAUUUAGCCCAUUCACCAUUUUGACUAUUAGCUCGUUGUUGAAUGUGUUAGAAACAUGCAAAUAUGAGAGACAGAGAGUGUGUGUCAAUGUGAUAAUUGUUAAUCGAGGAAGAAUUAUAUUUCUUCAAAGUGGAAACUACUGUAUUUUUUGAAAAUAUCAUUUAAUACAGAGGCCCGUAUUCCGAAGUCGGGUUUAACUUUAACUUAGGUUUCAAGUUGUGGUUUAAGUAUGGGAAGCCAAACGUAUGUUUCCUAUGUUUACUGUGCUCUUUCCUGAUUCAUCGAUUGUGAAGACAAUAAUAUAUUGAUACUUCCUAGGCAAUUAUGAAUGAUUUGAGAGACAAAUUAGCUGAAAUAUGAUAACUCUACCGUUAGUGAUUUAUGUAACAAUUGGCUUUCCAUACUUAAACCACAACUUUCAACCUGAGUUUAAGUUAAACCCGACUUCAGAAUACGGGCCAGAGAGAUUUAAGCUUUGUUACAUGCACUCAUCGGAGCAAAAUUGCAUGAAUGAACAAAUCUUGAACGCAAGGAUUUAUGAUAGAACCAUAAAAGAUUGAGGAUGCUUGAAAUAAGUUGUGAUUAGCUGUGAAGGUUUAAAACAAAUUAGGCUUCAGUAUAUCUGAUCUUUAUGCUAUUUACCAAUUUUGCAGUACCAAACACUUGCUAUAGAAGAGCAUACGAGUGAAUGUCAUGCGGCAAUCGAGCAAAAUUGAUACAUGUUAUAAAACGGGGCGUUGUGAUGCGCACUGUUUGAGCCUUUGCUAACCGUAGCAGACAUUUCAAGGGGUUAUAAAUACACAUCUGAUAUGGUAAUAAAAGCACCCUAACUAAUGUUAAAGCAAGUCAGUGCAGAUGCCCUAUUUUCAUUUUGAAAUUGAUUUCUAUGUGACACGCACCUUGUCAUUUUGUAUUGAUUUCCCUUUUCAUGAAAUUCAUGAAAAUUCGACCGUAAAAGAAAGUAUUCAUCAUUUAUGUUUUUGUUGUGCUUCCAAGUGAUUCAGAUUGUAUCAUUAUGUCAAAAUGUAUUAUGUUGUAUGUAUUUUUAUGAAAGAAAAAUCAAUACAAAAAAAAUUGCAGCUGUAAUGUAAAUAUAGUGGUAAAUCUUAAAUAUUUUGCUGUAAUAAAACAAUGAAUUUCUA